UCAGACACGCGAAUAAUCAUCUGUAUGUGGUAGAAUUUCAUCGUCUUCGUCGUCUCCGUCUCGUGCCCCAUGGUGUGUAAUCUUCACUAGAUUGACCUAUCGAACGUCGCAAGAAGGUCGUGUCCGGGUGGUAGUCGGUCGUCGCGGAUUGAUAGUGUUUUGCUCUCGUAUCCAUCCAUAAAAAGUGAGAAGACCUACAAAAUCUCCCAGCAGCUGCCCAAACUUGCACGGUUUUGGGAAACGGGAAAAAGAAGUUCAACCAGUACCGAAGUAACAAUCCCUCCAGUUUUUGUGCCGGUCGGAUUCCGCUGAUUUGUGAAGGUCGCCGAAGAAGAACGAGAAAAGCCAGCAAUGCUGCGAACCAUCGCCGUAAGGAAUGAGAAGCUCCUGCUCCAGGGAUCCCGCAAAGUUCUCCGGGGAACUGCCAGCAGGGCGCUAAGCUGCGAAGCCGCCCGGAAGUGCACUGUCCAAAAAAACUCUCAAAAAUGGACUUCAACGGGAUCCCAAAUGGCCUCGCUAUGGCAGGUGAACUUCGUCCGUGGUUACUGCAGUAACUAUCCAGCCCACAAUAAGGUCCUUCUGCCAGCGCUUUCACCCACAAUGGAACUCGGUACCAUCGUCAGCUGGGAGAAGAAGGAAGGCGACAAGCUGAACGAAGGUGAUCUCUUGGCCGAAAUCGAAACCGAUAAGGCCACCAUGGGAUUCGAAACUCCCGAAGAAGGUUACCUGGCCAAAAUUUUAGUGCCAGCCGGUCAGAAGGACGUUCCCAUUGGUAAGCUGGUGUGCAUCAUUGUCGAGAACGAAGCGGACGUCGCUGCCUUCAAGGACUACAAAGACACUGGUGCUCCAGCAGCCAAGCCUGCUGCCCCUGCUCCACCAGCAGCUGCAGCUGCACCUCCGGUACCAACUCCCCCACCGGUUGCGGCUGCACCGCCACCAAUGGCAGCUGCCCCCGCACCGAUGACCGCCGUUGAACAGCGUGGACCCCGGGUCUACGCUAGUCCUAUGGCCAAGAAACUUGCUGAACAGCAGCGACUACGAUUGGAAGGCCGAGGAUCCGGUCUUUAUGGCUCACUAACGUCUAAGGAUCUUGCAGGUCUGCAGGCGGCUGGUGCACCAGAAGCCCGUGCUGCAGCGGCAGGAGCACCCAGCGUUCCGGCCGGGGCAGCCUACGUUGAUAUUCCGGUGUCGAACAUUCGUGGAGUGAUCGCCAAGCGAUUGCUUGAAUCGAAGACCACCAUUCCACACUACUACCUCACGGUGGACGUUAACAUGGACAAAAUCAACAAGCUGCGAUCCAAGUUCAACAAACAGCUGGAGAAUGAUGGCGUGAAACUGUCGAUCAACGAUUUCAUCAUCAAAGCAGCUGCCUUGGCUUGCAAAAAGGUUCCUGAGGCGAACUCCGCAUGGAUGGACACUGUUAUCAGACAGUUCGACGCCGUGGAUGUUUCGGUGGCAGUUUCUACAGAUCGUGGUCUCAUUACGCCUAUCGUGUUCAGUGCCGAUCGUAAGGGACUGUCCGAUAUUUCUAAGGAUGUCAAGAACCUGGCGGCUAAGGCGCGGGACGGUAAAUUGCAACCUCAGGAAUUCCAGGGUGGUACCUUCAGCGUAUCCAAUCUCGGCAUGUUCGGCGUGACGCACUUCUGCGCCAUUAUCAACCCUCCGCAGAGCUGUAUUCUGGCGGUUGGUGGCACCCAGAAACGGAUCGUACCUGAUAAGGAUUCGGAACAAGGCUGGAAAGAGAGUGACUACGUAGCGGUAACUCUGAGCUGUGAUCAUCGCACGGUGGACGGCGCUGUCGGUGCUCGCUGGUUGCAGCAUUUCCGUCAGUUCCUAGAAGAUCCCCAUUCAAUGCUGCUGUAAAGGCGUACUAAGCUUGAAAAUUGAAUGAGUAUCCAUGCCUUAUUUGAAACCCAAAAAAGAACAACCAACCCGCUCCAUCACCAUCAGGGCUACCAGGUCUCCGGGAAAAAUGUUUUCACAACUACCACCACACUCACCUGCAGAAAUAAGUAGAAUAUUGUACAGUUAUCCAUAGACAAGCGCCGUUAUCCCCAUCACAUUUUUGCUUCAAGUGGUACUGGAGCAGCCAUCGUCCAUGGCGAGAAACAUCCCUCUCGUUACGAUAUGCUCCGGACACUUUGAACAACUGUCUGCCAAUAAACUAUUUAGUGAAACAGUCAUAUUAGUAGUUACGACACACUCGUACAAAUAAGAAACCUUGUUAAGUGUAACGAAAAGUAAAACAAAAAAAUCAAUGAGGCAAAGUGAUCAUCAAUCCGUACGAAGAAUCUGUGAAAACGUGGAACCGAUUUGUUUUGAGAAAAAGUAAAAUUAUCACUGUCCGAGCGGUUCUCACCUUUAUCUGCAAGCAAAGCUACUGCUUUCUAGUUCAGUUAGUAAGACUAAAAUUUAUAUUUAUUGGUUUCAACUGCGAAUUGAUCGCGAUUGAUUGGUUUAUGUUGAACAAAGUUUGAUUUUAACUUCAAUCGUGUAGCUAGUAUACAAAAAAAUCAAGGAACUUCAUAGAACAUUUUCAAAAUUUUAUUCAUGUCAAUCGAAAUUACAUCUUGAGGUUAGUCAAAUGCCCACACGAAUCAUAACUUCCGAACCUUCAAUUGCAACGAUCGAAACAGAGAAAAACUGACUCCAGGGAGCAUCAUAGGUACUACACACAAUGGAUCGUGUUUAAACGAAUAUUAGUGGCUAUUUUAAAGUUGAUAUUUUCAUAGGGACAACCUUGCACCAGUCUAAAGACAUCGUUUUGAACCAUACAGCAGGAGAUGAAAUUAAUGUUAGAAAGAAUCGAUUCGUCGUACAAUAUAACGUUGGUAUUUCACAGCGUGUAAGCAA